AGUGGCCGUAAACGAGCACCAUGAUUGUUGUUUUACGACACGAGAACAGACGAGAAAAGUCCUAAAUUGAUGAUUCGAUGCAGCGUAUAGAUACUUGGGAAAUAUGAAAUUGUACUGUCUAUCAGGUCACCCAACGUUGCCAUGCAAUGUCCUUAAGUUCAAGUCCACCACCAUCAUGCUGGACUGUGGACUGGACACAACCUCGGUCCUGCACUUUCUCCCACUGCCCCUGGUACACAGUCCAAGGUUAUCCAAACUCCCAGGAUGGAUAUCGAAGGAUGGUGCUGUUUCACUUGAAAAAGAGCUGAAGGAGUGUGCCGGUAGGGUGUUUGUGGACUCUUUGCCAGAGUUCUGCCCACCCGAGAGAGAGCUGCUAGACUUGUCCACUAUUGAUGUCAUCCUGAUUUCCAACUACCACUGCAUGAUGGCCCUGCCCUACAUCACAGAGCACACCGGCUUCACGGGCACUGUCUACGCCACCGAACCCACCCUGCAGAUCGGCCGACUCUUAAUGGAGGAGUUGGUCAACUUCAUGGAGCGGGUUCCAAAGGCGCAGUCCGCCACCUGCUGGAAGAACAAGGAAAUACAGAGACUCCUUCCUGGGCCUGUGAAAGAAGCGGUAGAGGUGUGGACAUGGAGGCGCUGCUACAGCAUGCAGGAGGUCAACUCGGCCCUCAGCAAGGUCCAGCUGGUGGGCUACUCUCAGAAAGUGGAGCUCUUUGGUGCUGUGCAAGUCACACCCCUUAGCUCAGGCUACUCGUUGGGAAGCUCCAACUGGAUCAUCCAGUCACAUUAUGAAAAGGUGUCCUAUGUGUCUGGCUCCUCCCUCCUGACUACUCACCCUCAGCCAAUGGACCAGAGCUCCCUGAAGAACAGCGACGUUCUGAUCCUGACGGGCCUUACCCAAAUCCCCACCGCCAACCCAGAUGGCAUGCUCGGAGAGUUCUGCAGCAAUCUGGCCAUGACAAUUCGCGCAGGGGGCAACGUGCUGGUGCCCUGCUACUCCUCAGGGGUGAUCUACGACCUGCUGGAGUGCCUGUACCAGUUCAUCGACUCCGCAAACCUCGGUUCCACGCCCUUCUAUUUCAUCUCACCCGUGGCCAACAGCUCGCUGGAGUUCUCACAGAUAUUCGCUGAGUGGCUCUGUCAGAACAAGCAGUCCAAGGUGUACCUUCCAGAACCGCCAUUCCCCCAUGCCGAGCUGAUCCAGACCAACAAACUGAAGCACUACCCCGGCAUCCAUGGCGACUUCAGCAACGAGUUCCGCCAGCCCUGCGUGGUCUUCACGGGCCACCCCUCACUGCGCUUCGGUGACGUCGUGCACUUCAUGGAACUGUGGGGCAAGUCCAGCCUCAACACUGUCAUCUUCACCGAACCAGACUUCUCCUACCUGGAUGCUCUGGCUCCCUACCAGCCCCUGGCCAUGAAGUGUGUGUACUGCCCCAUCGACACCCGCCUCAACUUCCACCAGGUGGCCAAGCUGCUCAAGGAGGUCCAGCCGCUCCACGUGGUGUGUCCGGAGCAGUACACCCAGCCGCCGCCCACGCAGUCCCACCGCUCUGACUUGAUGCUGGAGCUGCAGCCGCCGCCCAUGCCUUACCGUCGGUGCUCGGUACUGGGGCUGCCCUUCCGCCGGCGCUACGAGCGCAUCCAGCUCUUGCCAGAGCUCGCAAAAUCUCUGGUGCCCUCAGAGAUUAAGCCUGGAAUCUCCGUGGCAACCGUCUCUGCUGUUCUGCAUACUAAGGACAACAAGCAUGUUCUGCAGCCGCCCCCGAAACCUGCCCCAGUUCCACCCAGCAAAAAGCGCAAGCGUGUGGUAGAAGAGCCCCCCGAGCUGGUGACCCCCAAGCCCUUGUUAAGUGGAGCUGUGCCCCUGGAGCCCUUCCUGGCCUUGCUGCACAAGCACGGCAUCACCGAGGUAAAGGUGGAAGACACACCAGACGGACACAUCCUGCACCUGCAGGCAGAGGACACGCUCAUCCAGCUGGAGGAAGAUGGCACACACAUCGUGUGUGACAGCAACGAGCCACUGCGUGCGACGCUACGCGACCUUGUGCUGCGCUUCCUCCAGAAACUCUGAUGCUGCUUCUUUUCUCAGCACCAUCCCCCUUGGCACUGUGGGCUCUUUGUUGACAAACUAUAGCUUUUGUUUGGCACCUGCUUGAGGUCACCAAGGAUAGUAACCAUCCUCUACCAACUCUCUACUUCCUUUCCAAACCCAUUUGACAAACCAGUUGCAGGAGAAGCUCCACCCUCUGCUAGACCUUCCACGUCGUAGAUGGGAGUGCAGCAGGACGACAGCGUCACUCACCAGUCCUCUGACUGUCCCCAUGGAACAGGCACCUAGCUAACUUAUUACUUGUUUUAAUUUUCAUAUUUUGCUGCAAGAGGAAGCUUAUUUUUAUACUGGUCAAAGAACUUCGCUGUGCAGAUGUUCCUCUUAUGUCAUCUAAAGUUCUUCGACAUAGAUAUUAGGAUUACUUUAUUAAAAUUUUUUUUUUUUUUUUUUUUUACAUUUUAGAAAGCUCUUUAUUCCAACAUGUUUUGGAUGUUAGCCCCCAGGGGCAGAGUUUUUCCUGUUCCAGCAGCUCACUUGUAGCACCAGGGGGUGAGAUUGAGCCCGUUUUCUCACCCAUCAUGGAAUCCUUCCUAAUAUUUCGCCAGGGCCCCAGCUAACAUAUGCAAAAGUAGUUUGUUUUGUAAAUUGUCACAUGAGUGAACACAAUGGCCUGAACUGCAGGUGAAAUUAAACCACAAUACAUACCAACUCAAGUGCCUGUACUCGAUUUAAAAGGAGGCAUUCUGAGCUAAACGGGCCUUCCAGGGUGGUUCUCAAAUAUCCAACCCAUUUUCGUAAAAUGUUUUUGAUAGCUUAUUUAAACUGCAAUCCACCCACCCUCCCACUCUUUUUUGUACUUUGUAUUGCUGAUAAUGUCACAGUGACACAAUGUACACAUGCUAGGCCUAGAGGGAAGCUGGGGUCAAAUUCACACCCACAACCCUCCCUCUGUACUGCACUGCCCACUUCAGCUACAAUGUUUGAUUUUAUUAAACCAUGGUAUGCUGUUACUGUUAGUAUUUUAGUGCUGUAGUGAAACACAGGCAUAUGGCACACACCCCACAUGUGGUGUUUAGGGGCCCUUUUCUUUAGGAAACAGGAAGUGGGGUGCACUGUAGACACAGCCAUA